AUGGUGACGUCACCUCUACUGUCGGCCUGUAGCGGGGGCGUCUGCCUGUCACGUGACGCUACCCCCCCCUCCCGACUCCCCGCCGAAUCCCGCGCGCGCGCUCCCUCCCCCAGUCCCUUCUCUCCAACUUUCGCCCUCCCCGCUCCAGCACGGCUGUCAACAGCGCCAGCUCCGCCCCCUCCCCCCGCGCCCAGUGUAACCGCCACGGCGGCGCGGCUGGCGCUCCGGCUUAGGUCCGGGCUCCUGGAAGAGAGCGUGACUUCGGUCCUCACCUAUCCCCCAAUUCCCAGCGCGCUGGAUGCGUGGACGCCGGAGCCAGGGUGCGCGCAGGCGCAGGACGAGGCGGAGACGCAAGGUCCAAGCUCAGAGGGGGCGAGUUGCGCUCAGCAGCCUCCUGGUCUUGGCACGUCUCCGCUGGGGGUUGACCCCCCCCCCCCCGCGGCGGGAUCCGCAACCGGGAGCCAGCCGUCGACCCCCUACCCAGCGGCCCGCGCCUCCGCGGCGCUCCCGCCUCCACUAUCCCUGCCUCCUGGGCGGCGCACGCAAGUCCUGCCUGGCUUCGUCUCGGGCCGCCGCGCGGCCGCUGGCUGUACGACGAGGGGCCAAGCACAGAAUGCCUCCUUGAACCCCCUCGGCCACCCCGCCGUGCACUGCUGGGGUUCCCGAUUGGAUGGCUGUCACUGCUGCGCCUCGUUCUAUUUUCCCCCUCGGUUCCCUGCUAAAAGUAGAGGCUUGGGGGAGGGAAAAGAAAACCCAGUGUUGAAAGGGGCGGUGCAGACUGACCUGUCAACGGCAGAGAAGGAAGACCCCCAGGUCGGGGCGAGCUCUCGAGCCCGCGCAGGGAACGGAGCCCUGGUUCCCGCGGAGCGGCGCGGCGGCAGCGGCUGUGGCUCAGCCAGGUGUCCCCCCUCGGCGGGGCCCGCGCUGCCGCGCCCGCCCCCUCCCCCGGCGCCGCGCUCCCCGCCCCAUCAUCAGGGACCAGGGAACCCCCCAGCUCGAUUUUUUUGUGCAGUUUCAGAGAAGGCGGAGCGGUGGCCCCUCCUCCUCCCCUCCCCCGCCGGCUCCUGGGAGAGAAAAGCCCCAGCACACGACCUAAGUACACAGCGCGCCAGCCGCCCGCCCGCCCCCGGCCUCCAGCUCGCCGCUUCCCCCUCCCAGUCCCGGCCAGAGCGCUGCCAACCCCAUCACGUGCCCGCCCGGGAAAACCAGCUCCCCGGGGCUCCGCGCCGCCCGCCAGGCUCCGUGGCGGCGGCGGCGGUGGCGGCUGCCUCACUCGGCUGGGCACCCAGCUCGUGGGCUCCGGUCGUGGCCCAGGCGGUCGCGCACAACGUGGGCACCCGCGCCCUAGUCACCCAAUGGGGCCCCGGGGUCUGCAGCUCUUGGGUGUGCUUGCAAGCCUUCCGCGCUUCCGCCCUCUACCCUCCUCCCCGCCUCGGGAGCGCCAGCGCCCUGGUCCCGGAGUGUGCGCGCGUCCGGGCCUCUCCUGGGAGCCAGGGGCCCGACUAG